CAAGUUGAUUAUUAAACCAAAAAAAAAAAAAAAAAGAGAAAAGCGAUUCGCCCCAGAUUGUCCAAUUUCUCUGUUCCAAAGGGUUUUUGUUUAAAUGGCUGAAAUAAAAUCAGCUAUGAGGAAGCCAGUUUUCACGAAGGUUGAUCAGCUACGCCCGGGCACAAACGGACACAAUCUCGUGGUGAAAGUCGUGACCGCUAAAACGGUACUGCGUAAGGGAAGGCCGGAUGCCCCGCAGGUUAAUCAAAUGCGAAUUGCCGAGUGUUUGGUUGGAGACGAAACUGGGACAAUUUUGUUUACUGCAAGAAACGAGCAAGUGGAAAUGAUGAAGGCCGAUGCUACUGUGAUUCUGAGAAACGCAAAAAUCGACAUGUUCAAAGGCUCAAUGAGGCUUGCAGUGGACAAAUGGGGUCGUGUAGAAGUGACCGAACCCGCAAAUUUCACUGUCAAAGAAGACAACAAUCUCUCCCUCGUUGAAUAUGAACUAGUCAAUGUUGUCGAGGAAUAAAGCUGUGAAUAUUCUCUUCUAUCUCAUCUUGACUAAAUUAUAUUGAAGAAAAUAAUAAAAAAAGAAUGAAGAAGCUGAAAUUGGGGUUUGUUUAGGAGAUUGCCGAGGUGAGAUAAAUUUGUCGUUUAUGAGGUCCCUCUUCGUUUGCGUUAUUCACAACAAAGUUCUCGUUUAGGAAGAUGAAUCUUGAAGUUGUCUUGGUAUGGAAGAAGCUCGAUUUAUAUUUAUACUCGAUGACGAGCAAUUGCAGCUGAAGGUAAAAGCAAAGGAUUAUCAAAGGUGAUAUAUAUAUAUAGGCAGGAUGAAAACGUGGCUUUUGUUUUGUCUGUUGUAAUAAAGUUUUUCACCUGUGAUGAAUAUCUCAUGCAGUGAGAAAUAUGUAGCAGCUUGUGGAGUUCUUGAGGACAUUUCAGUUUAUAUUAACUCUUUAUUAGGGUUUAAUAUGUGUGGUACAAUGUUUAAUAUUUGUCGAACCGUUACGACGCAGAAUUUGUUGCGAAAGUAUGGUAAUGGUUAUACUAUGUGUUCGAUCACUACCGAAAAA